CGUUAUUAUGAUUAUCGAUCCGGUUAAAACGUUAAGAUGUCUCAAUCAUGGACCUAAGAAUCUAUGGACGGAGCGCAAAGUAAGCUUUCAGGCAAAGGGGUUGGGAAAUUUGCGAUAAGGGGAAUGAGAGCACUCUCCUUCUUUAUUCGCCUAUUGUCUCUUUCUACAAUAGGACACCGUCGGCUAAUAAACGAAUUUGACCGAAGAUAUCCGAAGCUUAAGAUAUAUAGUCAAUAAACAUGUCAGAGAAAUUCAGUUUCGAAAUUUUUUAUGAAGCUUAUUGUGAAUGAAAAUAAAGUUCUAUGUUUUUUCUUUGACAAUGCCGUUCUGCAUAAUUUCGGGCUGUACUAAUCGGACCGAUCCGAAAAGAAAAAGAGCCUCGCAGAUCGAACUGGAAUAUUGUAGAAGAAUUUCAUUUCACAAAUUUCCUCAAGAUUCACAAAAACGCCAAAUUUGGUUAACACGUCUAGGACUGCAUAGCUGGGAUAACCAUAAAACGGCAACUAUUUGUUCUGAACAUUAUGCAGACAGUGAUUUUCAGAAUUGGUGCACAAGUAGGCGAACAUUAAAGGAAUCAGCAGUAUCUUUGAUUAAUUUACCAUGUGAGAAAAAUGCAUCAUCUGCCGACUUCACAGCUGUGCGAAAUGAAGCAAAUGUUAAAACACAUAAAGAAAAUGACACAAGUGUCAACAUAUCUGCAAACGUUGAUGUACCUGCGAAUAUUUCUGGCAGUGUAUCGGAAAAUAUAUAUAGGACACCAAAAUCUUCAAUAUUGACAGUUAUGACACCGGUUAGUGUUCCAAUUUGUAGUACACUAAAGAUAGAUGCAUCGACCUCCAUUACACCAAAAAGAUUGUUCAACUCUCCAAAUAAGAAGUGGAUUCGAGAAAUACAUAGACAGAAAAUACAGUCAAUUCGCCGAAAACUAUACAAAUCUGAAAAACAAAAAACGCGGUACAAAAAAAGAAUUAAAACUAUAGAUAGGGUUUUACGUUCUUUAAAAGGAAAAAAUGUUAUCAUCAGAAGACUUGGAAGUUAUUGGAAAUUUAAGUGCGCGGAAUAAGAAUUUACUAUAUCGACAAAUAUGCUUGAAUAAAAAAUUGAAAGUGCCUCGUUUGCAUGAGUUCGAAUUACGUCGCUUUGCUCUCACGCUACAUUACUACUCCUCAUGCAUAUAAUUAUGUUAGACAAAAAUUUAAUAAUUGCUUGCCGCAUGCAAAAACUCUUUCAUCAUGGUAUACUUCGGUGCAUGGUGAACCAGGAAUAAACUCCGAGUCACUUCAACUAAUAAAAUGUCACGUCACAAAUUCAUUUUAUCAACUAAUUGGAGUAUUAAUGUUUGAUGAGAUGGAUAUAUACGUCAGCAUGUAGAGUAUAGCUCUGGUAUUAUUUUGGGAUAUGUUGAUUUUGGCAAUAAUAUUGAAAGCGAUGGUGUAUUGAUAGUCAAAAAAGUUCUGGUUUUUUGUGUGGUUUGUUUAAACGAAAAUUGGAAAGUGUCUAUCGCUUAUUACCUAAUUAAUGGUAUUAAUGCCGAAAAAAAGCUAAUUUAAUAAAUCAAUGCUUGAUCGCUUUGCAUAAAAUUAACUUUCAAAUUAUAUCUAUAACGUUUGAUGGCACGACAACUAAUUUUACUGCAUUGAAAACUUUAGGAUGUAACUUUGAAAUUAAUAAUUUUAAAACAUAUUUUCAGCAUCCAUCAACGAAUAAGAAAGUAUUUGCUUGUCUUGAUGCCAGUCACAUGUUAAAAUUGAUAAGAAAUACAUUAGGAGCAUCUAAAAAUUUAAUAGGUAAUAAUGGGGAAGAAAUUGAAUGGCGGUAUUUGGAAGAACUUUAUAAGCUACAGACAGUCGAAAGAUUUCACUUAAGCAACAAAUUAAGUAUAAGACAUAUUGAGUACACAAAAUAAAAAAUGAAGGUUAAAUUAGCAGCGCAGCUUCUGAGUCAAUCAAUUGCUGAUGCGCUUACUUUUUGUAGAUUCUUUAAAAUUGAAAGCUUCCAAGGUUCCGCUGCCACAAUUAAAUUUCUUAAAACAUUUAAUGAUUUAUUUGACAUUUUCAAUUCUAAAUCUAUGAAGCAAUAUGGAUUCUUAAAACCAAUUAAUUCUGACAAUUAUGAACAAAUCAAACAAAAACUUGGAAACACUUUUGAUUAUAUAUACGGUCUACAAUUACGGUUCUCUUUAAAUAAAGUUAUUAAAGUUUUAGAUUCGAAAAAAAAACUGGUUUCUUGGCUUUCUAGUUGACAUUAAAAGUUUACUCACUUUAUUCGAAGAGGUUUCCAAAAAAGAAAACAUUUUAACAUAUAUACCAACAUAUAAAUUAAGUCAAGAUCACCUCGAAAUGUUUUUUGGUGUUAUUCGGUCGCAUAAUGGUUUUAACAACUCUACAGUUAGACAAUUUAAAUCUGCUUUUAAAAAAAUUAUUAUUCAUACAGAAGUAUCAGCACCCUCGACAGGAAAUUGUAUAGCAUUGGAAGAAAUACCAAUUUUAAAUGUAUCCUCUGCAAAGAAAGCAGUCGAUGUUAUUAAUAACAGUUCACCAUUUUCACUACAUCAUUGGAUUGAUAUACUUCAUACAGACGAAAGUCAUGAUUAUUUAGAAAAUAUAUCUUAUACCACAGAAUUUAGUAUUAACGUCAUUGUUCAUAUAGCUGGAUUUAUCGUGCGAAAAAUUCAAAAAACUACAAUGUACUGAAUGUUUAAAAGUAUUAUUGACUACGUCGGAAGAGACAACAUACCAUGCCCUAAUACAAAGUAAAUCACGUGGGUAUCUGUUACAUCCAUCUGCAGACGUUACAUUUAUAUGCAGAAAUACAGAGAAAGUCAUCAAAACGCUAUUGAAAAAUCACGAUAAAUUGCUAACACAUAAAUAUCAAAAUAAAGCAUUUGCAAAUGAUAUUAUAAAAGAAUUUAUAGGCAGUAACAUUUUUCAACAAUUAAAUGAUCACAUGAAAAACCAGGAGCCUCUGGAAAAUCAUCGCACUUAUUUGAUAAGGGUAAUUGUGGAAACUUAUAUAAAAACUCGCAUUUGUCAUUUUCUUAAAGAAUAUAAUAUGAAAACAACUGAAAGACAAUAUUAUAAUAAGCUUACAUUAUUUAA